UUUGGGAAUGAUCGCUCAAAACUUGUUUCAAACUGCUUGUUUAGGAUGGGAGGCGCUGCAAUAUUGCUCUCGAACAAACGCUCUGACAGAAGAAGAUCCAAAUAUGAAUUGGUUCACACUGUGCGCACUCACAAGGGUGCUGAUGAUAAGUGCUUUUCCUGUGUUACCCAGGAAGAAGACUCUGCAGGGAAGGUCGGUGUUACAUUGUCAAAGGAUCUGAUGGCAGUUGCUGGUGAUGCUUUAAAGACCAACAUCACCACAUUGGGACCUCUGGUUUUGCCAAUGUCUGAGCAGCUGCUUUUCUUUGGUACAUUGGUUGGGAAGAAACUAUUUAAAAUGAAAGUUAAGCCAUACAUUCCAGAUUUCAAGCUAGCUUUUGAGCAUUUCUGCAUUCAUGCUGGAGGAAGAGCUGUUUUAGACGAACUGGAGAAGAAUUUGCAGCUGUCUGAGUGGCACAUGGAACCAUCAAGAAUGACUCUUUACCGAUUUGGCAAUACUUCCAGCAGUUCUCUUUGGUAUGAAUUGGCUUAUUCAGAAGCUAAGGGUAGGAUUAGGAAGGGGGAUAGAACAUGGCAAAUAGCAUUUGGUUCCGGAUUCAAGUGUAACAGUGCAGUGUGGAAGGCUUUGAGGACAGUGAAUCCAGCUAAGGAGAAAAACCCAUGGAUGGAUGAGAUCGAUAGAUUCCCUGUUGAUGUCCCAAGGGUCUCAUCCAUCUAAAUUCUGGAAUCAGUUGCUGCAGGCUUCAUGUAAUGCAGUCUCACUUUUGUGAUUCAUCCUUUCCAUGACAGGAUAACUAGUAGUUUCAGCGCAUUGAGUGCAGGACAUCUUGCAUUUAUUAUCUAGUUUUUAGUUAUUUCAGGGCUGUACCAUUGUGCAGCUUGAGUGAGAUUAAUUCUUGGUGUAACAACUUUGGAAAUCAUUGAUUUUAUGGGAAUAUUAAUGGCUCGUUUUACUAAGA